AUGUACAUUCAUCAGUUUAUGAAAAUGCCACCAACUUGUUUGGUCUGCCUCUUUGAUGAUUCGCCCUAUAACAUGUCGCCUCGACCUUACCGGUACAGACCCGACCGACGCAGCUUUGACGACUUUACCAAUAUGUUCGUUCCCAUCUUCAAGGAUACUCCUCCUCUCUUCCUCUCUUCCAUCUUACCCUCAACCCCGGCCAUGCCCAACGGCAUAGCUGCGCAUUCCAAGCCUACUACUCAGAUAUAUGCCCUUCCGCCUGCUGAAAUCCUCGGUCUCGAGUCGUUCCGUCAAGCCUCAUGUAUCGAAGCCACCAUUCCCGAACCGGAGGCUGCUCUCGCCCAUCAGCCCGUCGCCCAGAAGAAGGCACCAGCAAAGUUUGCUCUCGGCGGCUCUUGUUCCUCUAAUGAGCAGGACAUGACCGUUAAGAUGUCUAAGUCCAACCUGGUGCCUUCCCCGAAGGAGGGAAUAUUCCAGAUUGCUGGCUCCUGCAGGCCUGCCUCUACCAAGAGUGAUAUCCAGCCCGCUAAGCCUAUUAUCUCGGAGAAGAUAAAGCAGGUUAUCGCGUCCACCAGUCGCAACUCUCAGCUCAAGGCCGAGAGUGCUAUAAACUCAGAUACUGACGACGACUACGUUGAUGAGAGCGCUAUUGAUGAUGAUGAUGAUGAUUCUGAUUGGGAAGAUUCCGCGGAGGAGAGUGGCGAAUCGAGCGUUGACGACAAGUUCUUCCAGCGUGUCGAGUCAUAG